UCAGAUGUUAGGUGAUGUUAGAAUGCCCGGAGAUGGAUUAAUUUAGGUCCAAGGUUUCAAAAUUGGCAGUAGAUGCUGGCAUAGUUGCGUUGCUCCAUUACGAGUUCACAAAAAAUAUGAUGUGCUUUUUUAUCUUUAGACCUUUAGGUUAAAUUAAGUUGUGCAAAAUAAAAUGGUUGCAGUCUUUUCAAGAUUGGUAGCCUUUACAAACCGUCACCCCAUCAUAAGGGGUAUGAUAUCUUAUGGAACGAUAUGGCCAACUUCUUGCAUCAUCCAACAAACGAUAUCGGGAAAAACAUGGGAAAAUUACGAUUGGAUGCAGGCUCUAAGAUUUAGCCUGUAUGGAGGAUUUUUUACAGCUCCAACUUUAUAUGCGUGGAUUCGUUUGUCGACGAUAAUGUGGCCAGCGACAAAUUUAAGAACUUCGAUUACGAAAGCAGUUGUAGAACAAAUGACUUAUGGUCCUGCUGCGUUAGUCUGUUUUUUCUUUGGUAUGAGUUUGAUGGAAGGAAAAACGGUAAAUGAGGCUAAAGUUGAAAUGCAAACAAAAUUUUUACCAUCGUAUAAGGUUGGUAUAUGUUUCUGGCCGGUUUUACAAACGAUAAAUUUCUGUUAUAUAAAAGAGAAGAAUAGGGUGCCUUUCGUGAGUAUGUGCAGUUUGAUUUGGUGUUGCUUUUUGGCGUACAUGCACCAGCUGCGGAUCAAGAACAAAGAAUUAGCACUCGGCGAAAAUAAGAGACUUUUAAAAAAUUGACGAGACGAUAUCUUAGCAGAAAUUAUUUACCUUAGCUAAAUAUAAUUUAUUUAUUUAUUGUGAUUAUGUAAAGCUGUGUUAUCUAGGAAAAUUAAAUAUGUUUAAUCCUAUUGUUUUUAUAUCAAAGUUGUAAAAUUAUUUUUUUCUGUUA